AUGUUGUUCCUCUCUGCUUUAUCGUCCCUUCUUCUCUUGGCUGCCCCAGCUUUGGCCUACACUGGUUGUACCAACCUUGAAUCCAGUUGUUUGACCGCCGGUACCGAUUUCACCGUGUUUGAUGACUACAAUAAGGCCGACCAAAUUAAGAAAGAGCUCUACAACUUCACCGAAGGCUGGGCUAACCUUGCCCACGAACCUCCUAACUGCAUGGGCUAUUUGCUUGCUUACCUCCAUAUUCCAGCCCAAGACUCUUACACUUUCACCCUUAGCUCGAGUUACAAAGGGGUGAUGUACUUGGGAACCGAAAACGUCUAUGAAUGUGGUGCCAACUUCUCUGACCUUGACCCAAUGGUCUCCAAAUCCGGAGCUACUCCUCUUCUUGAAUCCACCGGCAGCGUGGAAACUAUCACCCUCGAAUUAUCCGAAGGUUAUUACCCAUUCCAAUACUGGUUCUUGAACCCUCUGAACACCCUUUCCAACAUCACCGGUCAUAUUGUUAACUCUGCCGGUAAGGACAUGAUCACUGGCGGGUUCUACAUUCCAAGUAGUAAAGAAGAAACCUGUGAAGUCUCUUCAUCAUCUUCUUCUUCUUCUUCUUCUUCUGUUUCCUCUGCUUCGUCUACCACCACUCUUUCUUCUACCGCUUCCCCUACCACCUUGGUCAUUUCUACCACCGGUUUCUCUAACUCCUCUGUUGUUCCUGGCGAAACUGUGUCUGGUUCAUUGUUGGUUUCUGUCGUUACUGCUACUACCGACACCACCGAGUUAGUCACCAUUACUUCUUGUGGUACUGAAACUUGUUACCCAGUUAUCACCUCCACCGUGAAGGAAGUCGUCACCGAGUACACCACUUACUGCCCAUUGACCGCUGCCACUUCUACUGUUUCCAACUCUUCUUCUUCAUUUUCUUCUUCUACCGCUGCUUCCGUCAGCGUCCACACUGGUGGUGCCAUUGCUAAUAAGUCUAUUGGUGCUGGUAUGAUUGCCGGUGUCAUUGGUACUUUGGUGCUUAUGUUCUCUCUUUAG